CGCGGCGGCGGCAGCAGCAGCAGCAGCAGCAGCAGCAGCGGGGAUGGUUUAACUCCACAACUUCAUCCUGUCUGCAGCCGGUUCCCCCGCGCGUGGGUCCGUGGGUGAGUCCGCGCGCCCUGAGGUCCGGGACGAGGAGCCGGAGACGGACAUGAAGGAGGAAACGCGCGGCGGAAGUCACACCGACUCGGACUGAGUGGGAGACGCGCGUGGAUUUUAACUCAUCCUGUCCUGUGAUUUCUGAUGGCAGCGGAGCGCGGCGUGGCUGGAAACACGCGGAGCAGGCGCAGCGAGCUGCAGUGACAUGGAGCUGCUGGCCGGACGCGUGUGACCGGACAUGGAGGCUUUGGGUGAAGUCAACGCCACGCAGGAGGAGCUCCACUUCCUGCCCCCGCCUGACAGCGACCCCAACAACCUCGGUUAUCAUGACUACCCCCCAAACAUCGGCAUCCUGCCCCCGGUGCUGCCGGCCGGAUUCGAGGGAGUGAAUUUUCCAGAAGACCCCAUCAGACUGCUGAGCGUUCAGGUGGUGCUGAUCUUGGCCUACAGCACCAUCAUCGGGCUGGGCGUCCUGGGAAACUCGCUGGUCAUCUACGUCAUCUAUCGCUUCAAGACGCUGCGCACCGUCACCAACUUCUUCAUCGCUAAUUUGGCCGUCGCCGACCUGCUGGUCAACACGCUGUGCCUCCCCUUCACGCUGGUCUACACGCUGCAGGGGGAGUGGCGGUUCGGCAGCACGCUCUGCUUCCUGCUGCCGUACGCCCAGGUCCUCGCCGUGCACGUCUCCACCGUGACGCUCAACGUCAUCGCCCUGGACCGCCACAGGUGCAUCGUGUACCACCUGGAGACCAGGAUGAGGAAGGAUGUGUGCUUCGGGGUGAUCGCGCUGACCUGGGUGCUGAGCGCCGUCCUGGCCAGCCCCAUGGCCAUCUUCAGAGAGUACGGCUCGUUUGUGCUGGACCCGGGCCACACGCUGCAGUUCUGUCGGGAGAAGUGGCCCGGUAAAGGGACGGACGGAACGCUCUACAGCAUCUCCAUGCUGAUCCUGCAGUACUUCCUGCCGCUGUCCAUCAUCUCCUUCGCCUACGCCCGCAUCUGGUCCAAGCUGCGCGGCCACGUCAGCCCGGCGGAGAGCGGCGUCAACAGCAGCGCCAGCUCCGAGCGCCACCGCCGCCCAAAAACCACCAAGAUGCUGGUGACCAUGGUGGUGGUGUUCGCCGUCUGCUGGCUGCCCAUCCACGCCUUCCAGCUGGCCACCGACAUCGACAGCUCCGUGCUGGACAUGCGCGACUACCGCCUGCUCUACACCAUCUUCCACGUCAUCGCCAUGUGCUCCACCUUCGCCAACCCGCUGCUGUACGGCUGGAUGAACCGCAACUACCGCGCCGCCUUCCUCGCCGUCUUCAAGUGUCGCAGAGACCGCGGCGGCCGGCUGGACAGCAUCCACCCCGUCGGCGGAGGGGCGGCCGGCGCGGCGAGGGCGAAGAAGAUCGUCCUGGAGACGCAAGACCCGGUCUCCACGCACCUGAACGCCACCGACGUGUGA